AACUUUAAUACAUACUCGCGGUCCGCGCGCGUCGCACGUACGUUAGUAACAUUGUGUCGGUUAUGUUUUGACGUUUAAUAUGGAAGUAAGUGCUAUGAUACCGAUGCCUUUGGACUUUUCUAUGGUGCGAAACGGAUCGCCGCUAAGGGAUGAAUCGCCGAAGCCAAUCUCGAACAGCGCUUUCAGAGUUGUCACCCCGAAAGGUGUAUCAGCAAGUGAGGCUCUAAGGAAUGGCAUCUGCAAUUCACUGUGGGGUGCAUCCAGCACACGUCAAGAUGGUAGAUUGACACCACCACCCCAGAAUAUGGACACGUACAACAGUAGAGAUGAAAUCAAAUUUGGAAUAAAUCGCCUGGUUGGCGAGCGGACAGAUGAAGAAGAUAGUGAAUCGCAUAACAAUGAAACGCGACCGGAAGAUAUAUCACCAAUAUCGCAGUGUGGUAGUCCAUGUUGGGCACCAUCCCCUCCAUCCCCUCGAUCAGUCCGGUCAACGUCUCCUGAGCUAGAAGUGGAUUCCCCUCCAUCAUCACCGAGACGGCCGCCUGACUCAUCCCCAACUAUCAAACGAUCAGAGGCAUUUUCCGUAAGCGCUCUUCUCAGACCAGACGCACCAAGAACUCAACCACAUAGACCGUUUUUAUACCCACCCCUGCCUUUUGCGGAGUUUCUAAGAGACGCAGGCAGUCUUAGCCUCCCUGGAUGGGGGGGAUACAGCAAUCUGUACCUCCAUGCAGUUCAAGCAGCUGGUCCUGAGUUGUUGCGACUUCGCGCCGCAGUACUAGGAAACCCAAGCCCCUUAUCCAGACCCUUGCCAAUUGGAGAUGUGUAUUCGUGUGUUAAGUGUGAAAAGAUGUUCAGUACACCACAUGGAUUGGAAGUUCAUGCGCGAAGAUCACAUAAUGGGAAACGACCGUUUGCAUGUGAGCUGUGCAGUAAGACAUUUGGACACGAAAUCAGUCUUAGCCAACAUAGGGCUGUCCACAGCGUAGAAAAAGUCUUCGAAUGCAAGCAAUGUGGGAAGACCUUCAAACGAUCAAGUACCCUAUCGACACACCUCCUCAUCCACUCUGACACUCGACCUUACCCAUGCCAGUACUGCGGCAAGAGGUUUCAUCAAAAGUCCGACAUGAAAAAGCACACCUAUAUUCAUACAGGCGAAAAACCUCACAAGUGUCAAGUUUGCGGCAAAGCAUUUAGUCAAUCUUCGAACCUAAUCACUCAUUCGCGGAAGCAUACCGGUUUCAAACCUUUUGCCUGUGAACUCUGCGGCAGAGCCUUUCAACGCAAGGUAGACUUACGAAGACACAGGGAGACACAACAUGCGGAUCUACGCAACGCCCAGCAUAUGCCAUCACAUACCGAUGUACACGCCAUGCACCCGGAUAUGCAUGUCUCGGAUCAUAGGAUAGAUCUUCGCACCACUCACCCAGAGCACAUUCGUCCCGACUACCGCGCUCUCAGCACCUCUGUACCGCCCUUACAGCCUCUUCCUUCUUGAAGCUCAACAGCCUUCGCGCCAUGGCGCCAAGGCUGAUAGGUAUAGAAAGACAAUUUGUGAUUAAACUCAGUAGUGAUGCUUUCUAAAGAUAAUGGGUAUUUAGAUUCAUUGUAUGAGCUUUUACGAUAAGUUUGACGGAUUUAUGAGAUAUGGUAAUUGGUAUACAGUUUUUAGUAGCUGAGUUUAUCUCGUAAUUUUAAUAGCGAUUUAAAUUAUUAUGUUCUUAAACCGUUGGCUAUCUUUAACUAUCUAAUGACACAUUUUAUUCAAUAUCCAUACAUCAGGGUACCAAAACUGAAUAUUUACAUCGCUGAAAUUACGUUGUAAGAAGGCUGUAUAUAAAUAAUUUGAGAUUAAUUAACUGCAAAGAAUGUAUACACUGGAACUUUGGAAACAUAAAAAUUAUCAGUGAGCUGACAGCUCUGUAAUAAGCUUAUUGUAAAAACGUUUUUGAUCUCAGUGAAUAUUAUUAGAUAAUAAUUUAAAAAAUUACACUUUACCCUCUUAUUCAUAGAAAGUCUAGUUUAGUUACACUGUUUAACUGAAGGCCGCCUCUUUUUACCAUAGCGGAAAUAUAAUUUAACAGAAUGAGACAAAAAGUACUUUUAGACUAAUUUUACGAAUAAGAGGGCUUCUAAGACAAUUGUAGCAUUCCUUUUAUAAUUCCAAUAUAAUACUUAGAUAUCUUUAUUUCAAUUAUAUGACGGCUUAGCCAUUCCAUAAUCCAUACUUUCCAUUCCAUAAGAUAUGUAAGACUAUUAUUUUAUACCAAAGAUAAUCCAAAAAUAUUGAUCAUUAUUUAUUUUGAUUGUUACAUAAAUGUAUUCACGCUUGUUAUAUUUUUGUAAAUAAUAAGACUUUACGUAUACGUUAAUAUAGGAACGAUUGUAAAAAGAUGAAUAAUGUUUAUAUUAUACCAAAGUAAUUUUAAAAACGACAAAGUUUCUGACGCCCAGUAGUUCGCAUACCACGAGUUUGACAAACAAUUUAGAUCUAAAGUAGGCGUAAAAUAUUAUUAAUAAGACAAUUAUUAAUAUUCUGCGCAGGUAUUAGUGUCAAACUUAUGGUAAAGCCACUUGCUGGUAUCGUAUACAACAUACCAUUAAAAAUAAAUAAGUAUUCUAAUACAAAUUAAUUCGUGAAAUUCAAUAGAAAUUCAAAAGAACUUUCAUAUAAUUUAAUAAGAUUAUUUAAUAACGUUGAAUUUAUAACGUGUAUCAUAACCAAAAUCUGUGUUGAACGACCACACAAGCAAAGUAUGUGACCCCAUUAUACCAAAGCAGUUUACACAAACAGAAAACUAUACGAAGCACAUAUUACAGUAAACUAUAUAUGUGUAUCUUAUAAUAUAUAAUUGAAUUCCUGUAUAAAACUCGUUACUCUAAUAACAUAUGUUUUAAUAAUUUCCUUUUGUACAAAUUACGGCAGAUACUAGUUAAGUAAUCGUUACAAGUUAUAUUAGUACAAUUGUUGUGUUUAAGUUAGGAUAAGUUAAAUGUAUAUAAUGUAAAAAAAUCCAAAGAAUUCGUGCAAUCAUGUGUCAUAUUACAAGUUAACACUUCAAUAAAUAAAUAUAUAA